GCGCCUGGAUCAUCACGUUGCCGUCGUGCAGGGGCUUAAGUACUUCACUGAAGGAAAACUAAGAAUGAUCCAAACCCGGUCUCCGAACUUCGAUGUCGAACUCUCGAAACCACACCUCCAAACUCAUGUUACAUUCCAUUAACUAAGCUAAAGAAAGUACUGUGAAUUGAAAUUGUUGUUUUUACCGUAAAUAUUGCUCCUUGGAAAGUAAAAUGGAUAACUCUCUUACUGGAAAAGAUAUUCGUGGUCAAUUUGUGGAUUUUUUCGUCGCGAAGAAAGAGCACACGUUCGUUCAUUCUUCCAGUGUCAUUCCACAUGAAGAUCCUACGUUGCUGUUUGCCAAUGCUGGCAUGAAUCAAUAUAAGUCUAUCUUUCUUGGAACUGUUGAUCCAAAUAGCGACUUUUCAAAGUUGAAGAGAGCUGCAAAUAGUCAGAAAUGUAUUCGGGCAGGAGGGAAGCAUAAUGAUCUUGAAGAUGUUGGCAAAGAUGUCUAUCAUCACACAUUCUUUGAAAUGUUGGGAAAUUGGUCCUUUGGUAAUUACUUCAAGAAAGAGGCAAUUGAAUGGGCCAUGGAGUUAUUGGUUGAUGUGUGGAAAUUGCCUAAAGAUCGUUUAUAUGCAACAUAUUUUGGUGGUUACAACGAGCUUCCCCCUGAUGAAGAAGCAAAACAAAUAUGGCUGAAUGUUGGGCUCCAUCCCGAUCGAGUGCUUCCAUUUGGAAUGAAAGAUAAUUUUUGGGAAAUGGGUGAUGUGGGGCCAUGUGGACCUUGCACUGAAAUCCAUUUUGAUCGUAUUGGAGGUAGAAAUGCUGCAUCUUUGGUGAAUAUGGAUGAUCCUGAUGUAUUGGAAAUUUGGAAUCUUGUUUUUAUUCAAUUUAAUAGAGAGACUGAUGGCUCUCUUAAGCCUUUACCAAGUUGCCAUGUUGAUACAGGGAUGGGACUGGAGCGAGUUGUGUCGGUCAUUCAAGGGAAGAGAUCAAAUUAUGACACAGAUAUCUUUAUGCCAAUUUUUAACGCUAUUCGUGAGGGCACAGGAGUUCGACCAUACUCAGGAAAGGUUGGUGAUGAAGACAAGGACAAAAUUGAUAUGACAUAUCGAGUGAUUGCUGAUCAUAUUCGAACGUUGACGGUAGCUAUCGCCGACGGAGGACGACCAGAUAACACUGGGCGUGGUUAUGUUUUGCGACGUAUCCUACGUAGAGCUGUCCGCUUUUCAUCUGAAAAAUUACACGCUCCACCAGGGUUUCUUGGCUCAUUGGUGUCUGUUGUCUUGGAGACCUUGGGCGAAGCUUUCCCUGAAAUCACUAAAAAUCCCCAACAGGCUGUUAAAAUAAUCAAUGAAGAAGAGGAACAGUUUUUGAAGACUUUGUCUCGUGGACGAAGAUUGUUCAACAGAACUGCUGACAAACAUCAAAAUGAUAAAAUAAUCCCUGGUGAUGUAGCAUGGCGUCUGUAUGAUACCUACGGCUUUCCUAUUGAUCUGACUCAACUAAUGGCGGAAGAGAGAAGUUUGUCUGUGGAUAUGGACGCCUAUGAAGAAAGUAAAAUUAAGGCUCAGGCGAUUGCUCGAGGUAAAACAACGACUGAUGAAGAAAUCAUAACACUCGAUAUUCACGCUAUAAAUCAUUUGCAAAACGUCUUAAAACUUCCAAAGAGUGAUGAUGUUGCAAAGUAUAAGUAUGUCUCUGAUGAUGAAGGAAAUUACAAGUUUGAGAAAUGUAGUGGCGAAGUUAAAGCUCUACUUCUAAACAAGGAGUUUGUCUCUGAAGUUCCAAGUGGCUCGAAGUGCGGUGUUGUAUUGGACAAGACAUGUUUUUACGCCGAGUCUGGUGGACAAAUAUAUGAUCAAGGAUAUAUGUCCAAGAAUGAUGACGACGAAGUGGAGUUUGCUGUCAUGGAUGUGCAAGUUCACGGCGGUUAUAUACUUCAUGUAGGAGCAUUAGACGGCGUACUCAAAGUCGGUGAUAAAGUUAAUUGUUUCAUUGAUGAGCCUCGAAGACAUAGCAACAUGAGCAAUCACACUGCUACGCAUGUGCUGAACUUUGCUUUAAGGAAAGUUCUCGGUGAAGCUGAUCAGAGAGGUUCCUUAGUUGCUCCAGACAAGCUGCGAUUUGAUUUCACCGCUAAGGGAGCGAUGAAUUUCAACGAAAUCCAGGAAUGUGAAGUGAUAUGCAAGGAUAUGGUGGAUAAGAAGAUGCCUGUAUUUGGGUCAGAAUCAGGUCUUGCUGCAGCAAAGAAUAUUCAAGGAUUGAGAGCGAUCUUCGAGGAGGUGUAUCCUGAUCCAGUACGUGUUGUAUCAAUAGGACCUCCGCUGAAUGAGCUGAUCGACGACCCACAAGCUGGUUAUAAAUAUUCUGUCGAGUUUUGCGGUGGAACGCAUCUUCGAAACACGAGUCAUAUGAAGGCUUUCUCUCUAAUCUCAGAAGAAGCAAUUUCAAAAGGAAUAAGAAGGAUUGUCGCCGUUACUGGAUAUGAUGCUGAAAGGGCCAUCAAUCGUGCGAAUACACUUCAUCAACAAGUGGAGAAUCUAAAAGCCAAUAUAACUGAGAAAUUCAACUCAAAAACUCUCGAUCCUAAGAAAGCGAUUCGAGAAGUCACUGUUCUCAGUGAUGAAAUUUCAAGUGCAAUCAUUCCUUACUGCGACAAAGAUAACAUGCGAAACAAAUUGAAGGAAGCGAAGAAAAUUGCAGACGAUGCAGAUCGUGCAAAGAAAGCUGCGAUGACUGAAGCUGCGCUUGAAAAGACGAAGAGUCUUGUAGAGAAUGGUGAUGUGAAAGUUAUUGUUGAAACACUUGAUGUUUGUGCUAAUGCUAAGAUUUUAGACACUUGUCUUCAACAUGUGAAAAAGAACGCUAGUCAGACGGCAGCCAUGUUUUUCAGUGUUGAUAAAGAUCAGCGAAAGAUCAUUUGUAUGUGCCAGGUACCCAAGGAUUUGAUUGGUCAGGGCUUAAAAGCCGACGAAUGGGUCGCUUCAAUUUCCUCUCUGCUGUGUGGCAAAGGUGGCGGAAAGGACAUGUCCGCGCAGGCGUCUGGUCCCCGUUUCGAGUGUUUACAGGAAGCAAUGAAAAUCGCUAAAGAAUAUGCGAAAUCUAAAGUGAACAAUUAAAACUUUAUGACAAUUGA